CCCUUUGUAACUCUCUCUUUUCUAGACCUGGAAAAGCUUCAACAUUUUGAGAUCCUUUAGCUGAAACCCCCAAGGAAAAAGAUUAAACCUUUGUUUCUGACUUCUGGGUCUAUUGCUUUUUAAGCUUGUUGAAUUUUGUCUGAUAGGAGGAAGUGAAAAAAAUGGUGGUGUUUAACCAUGAUCGUGAUGUUUUGUCUCUGGUCCUCGAGAUUUUUACAAGUGCAAACAACAAGCUUUGCAAUUGGAAAAGAAGGAUAGGCUUGAAUCUAAUUCAAUAAUGCCAAAAGUGGUAGGCUCAAAUUUUAGUGUAUUCCUGCUUUUGUUUCGACCAUGACAAGGAUCCAUCAAUUCAUUGUUUCCCAUGCUUUGCUCUUCCUGGUUCUCGCUUCAUUUGGGACGAGAAUCCUCACCAUUUCUUUAGCAGCAACCGAGAAGGAAAUCUUGCUCCAAUUUAAAGGUAACAUCACUGAUGAUCCUUACAACAGCUUGCAUUCCUGGGUCCCAAGUGGUAACCCUUGUGUAGAUUUCAGCGGCGUGUUCUGCAAUCCAGAGGGAUUUGUGGACAAGAUUGUUUUGUGGAACACUAGCCUCAGUGGACAACUCUCAGCUUCACUGUCAGGUUUAAGCUCCAUCAGAGUCUUGACAUUAUUUGGCAACAGAUUUUCAGGUAAUAUCCCCCCAGAGUAUUCUCUGUUACAAACAUUAUGGAAGAUUAAUGUGAGUUCAAAUGCAUUGUAUGGUCCCAUACCAGGUUUCAUUGGUGAUUUGCCUAACAUCAGGUUUCUUGAUCUUUCAAAGAACGGUUAUUCUGGGGACAUCCCAUUUGCUUUGUUCAAGAAUUGUUACAAAACAAAAUAUGUUUCUUUUUCACAUAACAGGCUGUCGGGUUCCAUUCCGGGAUCCAUUAUGAAUUGCAGUACGCUUGAAGGGUUCGAUUUCUCAUUCAAUAAUCUUACUGGUGGAUUGCCUUCUGGAAUUUGUGAAAUCUCUGUGUUGAAGUAUGUAUCUGUUGGUAGCAAUGCAUUAAGUGGUAGUGUGGUCGAAGAGAUGUCGAAAUGCCAAAGCUUGCUACAUCUGGAUCUUAGCAGAAAUUCUUUUACAGGGUUGGCACCAUUAGGGGUCAUUGAAUUUAAGAACAUCACUUAUUUCAAUGUUUCACAUAACAGGUUCUUUGGUAAGAUUCCUUCGAUUCGAACCUGUAGCGAGACAUUGGAAUUUAUCGAUGCUUCAUGGAAUAGUUUGGAUGGGGAGAUCCCAACAAGCACCUCAAUCUGUAAAAGCCUUAAAGUUCUGGACUUGGGGUUCAACAGACUAAACGGGACGAUACCGGUUAAUAUUGUGGAUUUGGGAAGGCUUGUGGCAAUUAGCUUGGCUAAUAAUUCACUAAGCGGGACGAUACCAACCGGAUUUUGUAGCAUUGAGGUGCUACAAGUCUUGGAUUUGCACAAUCUCAACCUUGAUGGAGAGAUUCCUGCAGAUGUAAGCAACUGCAGGUUUCUUCGCAAACUGGAUGUUUCUGGGAAUGCUCUAGAGGGACACAUACCUGAUACCAUUUACAACAUGUCACAACUGGAAAUCCUAGACUUACAUGGAAACCAGCUAAAUGGAAGUAUUCCAUCUAGUAUUGGUAACUUGUCAAAACUCCAAUUUCUUGAUUUCUCACAGAAUUCACUUUCUGGGUCAAUCCCCUCUUCGCUUGUGAAUCUGAAUAUGUUGACGCAUUUUAAUCUUUCCUACAACAAUCUCUCGGGUACCAUUCCUACCAUUCAAACCAUCCAGUCCUUUGGUCCAUCAGCAUUUUUUAACAACCCUGGGCUCAGUGGUUUCCCUUUGACAUCCUGCUCCUUAAGUGGCAGGUCUCCCACAUCUGGUAGAACCAGAGUCCUUAGUGUUUCUGCAGUUAUUGCCAUCGUUGCUGCUGCUGUGAUCCUUACGGGGGUUUGUGUGGUGACCAUCAUGAACAUCAGGGAACGUAGGAGUAAAAAGGAGGAAGUGACAGUGGUUGUUGAGAGCACACCGCCAGAUUCAUCAGACUCAAAUGUUAUAAUUGGGAAGUUGGUCCUCUUUAGCAAAAGUUUGCCAUCUAAAUAUGAAGAUUGGGAGAGUGGCACCAAAGCUUUGCUUAACAAGGAUAGUCUAAUAGGUUGCGGUUCAAUCGGAACUGUCUACAGAACUAGCUUUGAAGGGGGAAUCUCAAUUGCAGUGAAGAAGCUGGAGACUCUGGGAAGAAUUAGAAACCAAGAUGAAUUUGAGCAAGAAAUCGGACGCCUAGGUAACAUCAAACAUCCGAACUUGGUUGCUUUUCAAGGGUAUUACUGGUUGUCAACGAUGCAGUUGAUUCUAUCGGAAUUCAUUCCAAAUUGGAAUCUCUAUGAUAAUCUUCAUGGACUGAACUACCCGGGUACCAGUACAGGCGUUGGUAAUACUGAACUAAGUUGGUCUAGGAGGUUCCAUAUUGCCCUUGGAACUGCAAGAGGACUUUCUUACCUUCACCAUGACUGUAGACCUCCAAUUCUCCAUCUCAACAUCAAAUCAACUAACAUACUCUUAGAUGAGAACUAUGAGGCCAAAUUGUCUGAUUACGGAUUAGGAAGAUUGCUUCCGAUUUUGGACAACUAUGGUUUAACUAAAUUCCAUAACGCGGUCGGAUAUGUUGCACCGGAGUUGGCCCAAAGUUUGAGACUUAGUGAGAAAUGUGAUGUGUACAGCUUUGGAGUGAUUCUUGUAGAACUGGUAACCGGGAGGAAACCAGUAGAGAGUCCAACUGUAAAUGAGGUGGUGGUUUUGUGUGAACAUGUUAGAGGAUUGUUGGAAAGGGGCUCUGCAUCAGAUUGUUUCGAUAGAAGAUUGAGGGGUUUCACAGAAAAUGAGUUAAUACAGGUUAUGAAAUUGGGGUUGAUUUGCACAUCAGAGGUUGCUUCAAGAAGGCCUAGCAUGGCUGAGGUUGUUCAAGUUCUGGAGUCCAUCAGGUCUGGCAUUGAAUCAUGGUGACCAUGUAGAGAACUUGUGCAAAGGAGACAGUUGCUGGUUAGGGUAAAAAUGGAGGCAAAAAGUAGAAAAAAUUAAUUCUUUUGUAUUGAUUGAGCUGACCAUAGUAGAUUGUUUUCUUCAUUUGUAAUUUUAUGCAAUAAAAAAAGGUAUUCAUUUAUAUGUAUUUUUUAUGUAAUAAAAAGCAUUUGUGUAUGCAUCUAUUCAGUUCUU